UGGAAAUCACAUCCGGUUGUUGCGUGACAAACUUCCGCACCUCUCAGCCUCUCUCACAUGUGAAGCGUGACUUUGGCCGAUCUGCGUGAGCUGCGUGAUCCCGCAUUGAUUGAGACAAAAUGUUACUUUUAUCAAACAGGAUGAAGUUCUGCUCUGCUGCGGUCACCGUGGCGCGCAUGUGCAGCAGCGGCCCCGCAGCCGCUAAGAAGAACCCCACGGUGUACUUUGACAUUGCUGCAGACAACCAGCAGCUCGGCAGGGUAACCUUUGAGCUCAACGCUGAAGUUGUGCCAAAGACUGCAGAGAACUUCAGAGCGCUGUGCACAGGGGAGCAAGGCUUCGGAUACAAGGGAUCAGUUUUCCACAGGGUGAUCCCUCAGUUCAUGUGCCAGGGUGGGGAUUUCACAAACCACAAUGGAACGGGUGGGAAGUCGAUCUAUGGAUGGCAGUUUCCAGAUGAAAACUUCAGGCUGAAGCACACCGGACCUGGUAUCUUGUCUAUGGCCAAUGCUGGACCCAACACUAACGGAUCCCAGUUCUUCAUCUGCACCUCUAAAACAGAAUGGCUGGAUGGCAGGCAUGUUGUCUUUGGCAGCGUGAAGGAAGGAAUGGACGUGGUCAAGAAAGUGGAGUCUUUCGGUUCACGGUCUGGGAAAACCUCCAAAAGGAUCACUAUCACAGACUGUGGAGAGCUCGACUAGACUCCAUGUGAGCGGUGGACACGGUUGUAGUCUCAUCUCCUGCUGUAAUUUCAAUGUGAGAGUCUGUGAAAGAGUCUCUUUAUUCAGUCGUGGCACAGAGUGCUACCUCUCUUUGCUGACGAUUAUGUUAGAGCCAAACUCUUUUUACUACUAAAAAUCUGUGUUAGACUUUCUUCAGGUAACAACUAAUGCACUUAAAUGUGUCAUGCUAUAAAAUGUGAAAUUGUAGUAUAGAAGACAACGGGAUGUCGGGUUCUACUAUGUUUGAAAGAGAGCUGUUAAUUCAUUUCACUGUUUGGAAAUUUAUUUCCAAAACAGUUAUUUUUUUCUAAAUAUGUGAGCUUGUUCUUACUAUUUGUUUUUUUUGUACUGCAUGAACUUGAACGUCAUCAUUACAAAAACUGUUUGAAACUGCAAUAACAUAUUUUUGGCCACUUGGGGGCAGUGGAAACAAGUUGUGAACACCAAGUUGACAUAUCGCUUUUUAAGUUGUUAUAACAACUGUGUAGCCCCUGUUACAUUUCAUCAUAUAACACCAGUGUUAUACAAAGAGUGUAUAACAAAGUUAAGAAAUGUCAAUUAAAUCUGUUUGCAUAUA